AUGGAGUCGGUGACCAGCUUCUUUUGGAACGAAGGGUCUAAGAAUGGUGGUUCUAGUGCUAUACAAGAGAAACGUGGACCUACCAGUGCUGAUAACGGCAGUUCAAGUGGAUCUGGGACUGCAGUGCCAGGCUCUGGAAUGCAAAAGAUGAUGACGGACACCUUGAUCGAAAAGAUCAUGAGGAUGGCUCUGCCUCCUACGACGGAAAUGGCUAUGGACAACCUUGAGACUAGGAUUGCGGCCGCUAAAGGUAGACCAAGUUUAUCAGUACAGAUAAUGAGCCGUAAUUUUGUACUGAUGAACUCGAGACUCAGUUUGCCUUUCACUCUUAUUGAUGAGGUGAACAAAAUAUUCGAAUGGUCGAACCCAGCAUAUACUAUGUCUGUGGUACUGAUUUACUCUUAUAUCAUAUUAAGGCCAUUACCCACUAUAACUUCAAUUCCAAUAUUUUAUCUGCUCUUCGGUGUCAUGGUACCUCAAUUUCUAUACAUUCACAAGCCUAACGGUUCCCCAUAUCUCGAGGUUAAUCCCAUGCCAGCUGAUGGGCCUCCUUUGCGUAAGGCAGAAGUCCCAAAACCAGUGCCAGAGCUUAGUCAAGAAUUUAUUUUGAAUUUAACAGACCUUCAAAACCGGCUGAUGCUGUAUGUGAAGACGUACGAUUUCAUUGAUCAGAUUCUGAUCAAAUUUGCCUUCUUCACAGAUGAAAAGAAGUCUUCCGUGGCGUUCGUGUUAUUACUGAGUGUGGCCUUGGUGAAUGCACUUUUUAUGGAUUUUUUCCUGACCUUCAUACCACUGAAAGCCAUCCUGCUUGCUCUGGGUUGGUCGUUCGCGAUCAUGAUGCAUCCGCACAAUAGAGAGAAGUUCUUUAGUACCGUUUACUCCGAAGAGACACGUCUGCGGCUACUUGCAUUAUCAAACAGGUAUGACAAACUUGUCGGCGAGCAAUUACGCUACAUAGAGGCCCGUGAGCACCGCAUGGUAGCGGUUUAUGAGAUUCAGAAAUUUAAACAUGGCAAAGAAUGGGCACCAGUUGGUUACUCUAAUGACGAUUUCACAUUGUUCUCAACGUUACGAAUAAGAGAGGAAAAAAUUGAAGACCAUUGCACAUCUUUACUGGAAGAAGUGAAGCCGCCAGUAGACUGGCAAUGGCUUGAUGACAUAAAUUGGGCGUUAGACUUGAAUCCAACGGAAUGGCUUGAAGAAGGGCUUGUCGAAUAUGUUGAUACAGACCUCGGGACUAAGUGGGUUUAUGAUCUCAAUCUUGAUGGGAGCAGAGGCGGGUACCGCAGAAGGAUGUGGACAAACAUCUGCAUAAGAAAAAUUGAAUGCGAGCCCGACGAUAAUGAUGAUAAUGACGAUGAAGACGAUGAUGAUCUGGUCUCUACACAGUUGACCACUCCGACGAAGGUGGAGAAAUACUCCUCUCAUAGAGUCACAAGAGGCUCUAUGUCUGGAGUGGCCCUUCCCGAGGAUGAUACACGUCCUACGGUUAAGAGAGAUAGCUCAACUUUAUCUCUUUCAAGUGCGGUUAGCUCAAACAGCAGCACGCAUUCCAAUCAUAGCGAACCUUCGAAAGCUAUCGAUAACCUCAGGGAUGUGUUGAACUCCAGUACCUGA